GAAGAUUCUACCUGCACAGUUAUCUGCUACCAGUUAUCCACUAUUACCUACUUUUUGUUAUCCGGCUCAGCAAUUAACAUGAAGAGCAUUAUCCUGCUGGUAUUUGUGAGUAUGUCGGCGAUGGUGUACCGGUGCCGGGCCGACGAGCCAUCAUACCCCACGUCCUGGGACAACGUCAACAUUGACGAGGUUCUGGGCAACGAACGGCUCGUGCAGAACUACGCCAAGUGUCUCCUGGAGAAGGGAUCUUGUUCGCCUGAGGGAACCGAGUUGAAGAAAGCGAUCCCCGAUGCUCUGAAAACCGGCUGCACAAAAUGCAGUGAUAAGCAGAAGGCAGGUGCCCAGAAAGUCAUCAAGUGGCUGGUCCAGAAGAAGCCUGAGCUCUGGAAAGAGGUUGUUGACAAGUACGAUCCCAGCGGCGAAUACACCAAGAAAUACGAGAAGGAAUACCGUACGUUGGCUAACUAAUUACUCAACUAAAAAACAAAGGCCAAAUCACAACGGACUGCACUAUACUUCUUGAAAACUAGGAUUUUUCUUUUCUGGAUAGCACGGCACCUAUAGACUUUCACAUUAUCUGUCGCAUUAUUUUUCUAGGAUAAUACCUAUUGAUUUGAUUUCCACAUCAUCUUUUGCAUUUAUACUGGCACUUCUUGACAAUACACCACUUGUAAAUUUUA